AUAUAAUGAGCUCUGCAGCUCCUCAGCAGACAUUCAGCUGAGAGAUUUCACUACUGAAGCAGCAUCACUGUGAACAAUGAGGACCGUUUUUCUUCUCUGUGCCGCCUUCGCUCUGAGCCUUGCAGCAGAGCCAGUAAAGGAGGAGCCAGCUGCUCCAGAAACACACCAAGAUGGGUCAGUCAAGAUGUUAGACAGGACAGAGGAGCAGGAGGAGGAGGUGAUAGAAAAGAUUCAGGGUGAUGCCAAACGGAACAGCUGCCCGUCUGGCUGGUCCAAAUAUGGAUCCAGAUGUUUCAUCUACAUCCACAGAGAGGUGCCCUGGGUAGAUGCAGAGAAAUUCUGUGUGCGUAACAGAGCCAAUCUCGCCUCUGUGCAUAACCCAGGAGAGUAUGAAUUCAUCCAGGAGGUUGUGAGGGGGAGCACAGGGCGCUUUCCUCAAGCCUGGAUCGGCGGGAAUGAUGCCAUAAAGGAUUUUGUUUGGCUCUGGAGCGAUGGGUCAGGGUUUUAUUACCAGGAUUGGAGCAUGGCUGAGCCUGACAAUCAUGAAAACAGCGAGAAAUGUGUUGUGAUGAACCGACCAGAUGACCUCCUGUGGGGGGAUGUGAACUGUGAGCUGAGGCGUUCCUUCGUCUGUGGAACAAGACCAGUUUAAGUAGUCAGAAUGUAGAAAUUCUUAUUGCAGCUGCUGAUGGAAAAUCAUAGAGUGAUUUCCUGUAGUUUAGUUGGAGGGGCACAAGAUACUGGAUCACACAACAAUGUCAAAAACAUACAAAAAAAUUCUAUACUCAGUCAUCAACUACUAUAAUCUAACAUCCGUUUCAUAACAGCAGUCAUGUUCAGUGUGUUGUUUGUCUAAAUGCUGUGGAAAACUGUAAAAAAAAAAAUGUUUUAAAUAAAUAAAUUAAAAAAGU